GUGAAAAAUCUUAUAUCUUUGGCUGGUCCUCAUGCUGGGAUAGCUUCUGUUCCUUUCUGUGGUUCAGGUUUAUUGUGCAUUCUAGCUGACUCUUUGCUCAAGUUAGCAAUUUACAGCAAUUUUGUACAGGAACAUCUUGCUCCUGCAGGUUACAUUAAAAUCCCAACAGACAUAGCUGACUACAGAAAAGGAUGUAAGUUCUUACCAGUAGUUAAUAAUGAGAUACAUGGAAAUUCUACUUUCAAGAAACGCUUUGCAAGCUUGGAAAAUUUAGUACUUAUUAUGUUUGAGAAAGAUCAAAUUUUGGUACCAAAGCAAACCUCAUGGUUUGGGUAUUAUCCUGAUGGUUCCUGGAGCACUGUUUUACCUGCUAAAGAGACAAAGCUCUAUACAGAAGAUUGGAUUGGUCUGAAAAUUUUGGAUGAAGCUGGAAAAGUGAAGUUCUUGAAUGUAUCUGGUAAUCAUCUUGAAAUAUCUACUAGUGAAAUGAAGAAAAACAUACUGCCAUAUUUGGUGGAUAAUGCAUCCACUACAGUGACUACAUCAAGAUCAUCUGAUCUAUGGCCUUCGUCUGUCCGGAAUUUCGACGAUAAAUUGAAUGGUGUUGGAGAAGAAAUUCUCGAGCUGCAUACUCAUGUUGAAUCAGUUAGCUUAAGAUCAUGGACAUUUUGGUAGGGGAAAAGGUAAACAAUGAAGAAAAACCAAGAUCAGGCUCUUGCCUUCAGCUCAUUCCACGACCUGAUUUUUUUCCUUGUAUAUGUCAUUUUUAUCUCUACUAUUCAUUGUAUAACAACAUGAAAUGUGUUUGCUAGCUCCAAAUUAGAUAUCACCUCAGUUGUAUGAGAAGAGCCAAGGCUAGCUUACUACAUAUCAGUUUUCUACAAAAAUUCUAAUCUUAACUGGUGUAACUUUCUUGCUGUUUUAACCUUGCA